CGUGUUUUUUGGACGCGCCAACACGGAACGCGAGUUAUACGGUUUUUCAGUGGUAAAACGCGCGCUUUGCCGACCGCAACCGACUACACCAUAUUAUACGACAGCAGUGGGUUCACGCCAAUAAUAACGCAAACGUCGUGGUUUUUUUUUUUCGGUUAGAAAACUAUUUUUUAUUUUUAAGUCGUUUUCCUCUGGAAUAUUCAUAAGCCUUCCGUAUUUUCCUGACCAGCCUCCCCACUCCACAACACACACGUACACACACACACACACACACAAACACACACACACACACACACACACACACACACACACACACACACACACACACACACACACACACACACACACACACACAAACACACACACACACGAUCACGUCACUCACUACUGGAAUCGGAAUCCACGCGUUCAGGACACUGUCCUGCAGCUGUGGCUGUUGCAGUGGUCCCGGUCUACAUUAGUGGCAACUACAAACAUUCAUGCAAUCUUCGUCGUUAUUUCAAUAACGCAAUAUAAUAUUAUUUUCCUUCUCCACACUGCUAUUAUAUUCCAUCAACAUGUGUUCUGAAAAUAUGUUAAACACCGCACAUGACCGCGGCAUGGUUUCGCGGGUCUAAUGUUAACUGCAGUUGAGGUUUACGAUUGGAGCACGUGGACAAAUUCUCGAGUCUCGUGCGUUGAACAGAAGAAAAUGUAAUGGGCAGCGGUCACGAUGACGGAGCUGGAAAGGUGUGGUUGGCGCAGGUCAUCUGCCGACUGGUGUACUCCGUGUACCAGGACAACGGCAACUAUUACAACAACGGUUCGGCGACGACCGCGGCCACCACCGCCGCCGCUGCAGCCGCGGCCGCCACCGCCACCACCGCGGCCACCGCCGCCGCCGUAGCGGUGGCCGGCACCGAGAUGGUGAUGACCGCGACGACGAACGGGAACAAGUUGCUGGUGACCGAGGCCCGGGUCGACAGGCUGGACUGCGGCGGCACGUGGACGCUGGACUGUCGGCGGGCGGCGGGAGCCCUAGCGUGUACCGACGCGCUGUCCGGGGCCACCGACGCCGACGUCAGGCUGUACCUACCCGCCAGGCUGUCGGCCCACUUCGACGGACAGCCGGCCGUGUCCGUCGGCCUGCCCGAAACGGCCCGCGGCAACGCCGUCACCGUUGUACGUUGUGAUGGUGACGGUGGUGGCGGCGGCGGCGGCGGCGGUGGCGGUGGCGGCCACGACCAUCGCGACGACGUCAACCAGGUGACGUGUUCGAUAAGCGGCGAACAGUGGCCGCGUGCCACCGUCGCCGCCGCUGCCGACAAUAACGGGGAUGACCACCAACGUUGGUACAACUGGAAGUAUCUAUUCGUCGUCGUGUUCAUCGCUUCCGGUGGCGUGGGCAACAUACUCGUCUGUCUCGCCAUAUGCCUGGACAGGCAGCUACAGAACGUCACCAACUACUUUCUCCUGUCCCUGGCCAUCGCCGACCUGCUGGUGUGCCUGUUCGUCAUGCCGCUUGGCGCCAUACCAGGAUUCUACGGUGAAUGGCCUCUGGGCGUAGCUUGGUGCAACGUGUAUGUCACGUGCGACGUGCUGGCGUGCAGUUCUAGCAUUAUGCACAUGUGUUGCAUAUCGCUGGGAAGAUACCUGGGCAUAAGACAUCCACUCAGGACUAGGCAUCACUAUUCCACUAUGAAAUUGGUGUGUUUCAAAAUUGCGAUCGUCUGGUUUUUAUCAUUUUUGGUGUCGUUUUCGGUCACGCUUCUCGGUCUAUACAAUCCUAAGAACAUUAUGCCGGAUCCAGGGGUUUGUGUAAUCAACAAUCGAGCUUUUUUCGUUUUUGGUUCACUGGUCGCAUUUUACAUACCGAUGAUCAUUAUGGUAGUCACGUAUGCCCUUACUGUUCAGUUGUUGCGGAAAAAAGCCAGAUUUCUAUUGGACGACAGUUUCGUGGACGGCCGGAGGAACGGAUCGUCGGCGGAACCGCAUCUAUUCAGACGUUUGGGCGGCCGGUUUUCGGCUAACAAAAACCAGAACCAUGUGACCGGGCGGUUACAGCCGGGCAAAAACAUCAACAAACAGUGCGAUCAACAGUCACAGUUACCCGCCGACGCGGUUUCCGCUGGCGCCAGCGACUCGAGGAAUUUCCGGUUGAAGACGCUCAGACUUCAGCUGAACAUGAACCCGUCGACACUGAAUUUGAGAUUUCUCGCCAACAGACAGAAGCGACAGAGUCUAGCUGCCGCCAACGCCGUUAGAACCGAACAAAAGGCCAGCAAAGUAUUGGGAGUCGUGUUCUUCACGUUUGUGUUAUGCUGGUCGCCAUUCUUCUUGUUGAACAUAGUGUUUGCCGUCUGCCCGAAGGAAGACUGUCCGGUGCCCGACCACGUGACCGAGGUGUGCCUGUGGUUGGGAUACGUGUCUUCCACGAUAAAUCCGAUCAUCUAUACGAUAUUUAACAAGACGUUUAGAGCCGCAUUUAUCAGGUUGCUCAAGUGCCGAUGUCACAAGACCAGACCCCACCGAUACAGAUCGGUGACGGACAACCGACACUCUGCUUUGAUAAGCACUCCGUCCGGGGCGGCCGCCGGAGCCGCCACUGUGCCGUUGUCCCUGUCGCUCCAGACCACGCCACUGACCACGUCGCCGCCCGUGAACGACGCCACCACUACUACUUUCGCCGACACAGCCAUCGCCGCAAUCGCUGCGUCCAAGAGAACGCCGUCCACGCCCAAGUACCCAGACUCGUUUCGCGUCCAAGAAUGUCCGGAAGACACGGCCAAAUACUGAACCCGAGCAGUGGUAGUUUCCGCUCAGACGAUGUCGUCUAGAAUCCCAAACAUAUACGAGUACCUAAAUAUUAUUAUAGUGUUAUCAUAAUAUUAUAACGAUGAUAUAUAAUAUUAGAUCUCAUAAUGAUAUUUGUGAUUAUAAGUCCGAUCGGAUCGAGUUGUUCGAGUAUACGACGCAUAUAUACCUUCAUAUUAUAAAGGACGUGUAAUAGAAGGUAUUUACUGGUGUAAUGUUGACUUGCUAUAAUUAUAUUAUUUAAGAAUUUUUCUCGUAAUCAAUUUUUCAAUUUUAUUUUUUAAUAUAUUAUAAUAAAAAAAAAAUAAAAAAAAUCGUAUUGUUGAUUAGAACAAAAGUCAUCGCAUAUAGUUGGUUAAUAUUACAUUUCUCAGUUAAUUACUACAGUUGUAUGCCGCAGCUGUAAAUGAAUACACGGAGUGUCACUUCUGGAUUCACUUCCGCCGACGACCCGUGUUUAAACCGUGGUAAUAAUAUAUAAAACCGGAGUUAUUAUAAAUAAUAAUAAUAAUAAUUAUUAUUAUUAUCGUAUUAAUAAUAGACAUAUCACAGUAUGCGUCCACUCUUAUUUCUUUCUUUCUCUCUUCCUUCCACCCUCACUCGCUCCUUGCCUGUGCUCUCACUCUCCCGGAGACGUCUACACACUCGUAUCUAUGUUUUUUCGUACGGUGUAAAUCGGGGGUUUAUUCGCGCGCGGGAAAUAUAAACGACCGCCGACGAUGGAAAGGGUCAAUCAAUCUUUAUGAAUACCCUAACCGUAAGAAAAACGCACACGCACCGGAGACCGAGAAGUAAUAUUAUAUGAAAUAUCGCACCUCUCGGGCGGAUGAAAAAAAUAAAAUAAAAUAAUAAUAACGCACUGCGGUUUUCGGUCGUUAAAUUGAUGAGCACCGGGCCUAAAAAUCCGAGUAUAGGAUAUCGGUUUAACGAGUUUCGUCAGACGGGCGGGAGAAACAAGAGCUCGACGAAUUCUUCGCAUAAAUAACUAUUAUAAUAUUACUAUUAUUAUUAUUAUUACAUAUUUGUGAAAAAAUAUUACAUCAGUGUGUUUUUCAUUUUCAUUUUCGUUAUUAUGUCAAAUCUAUAAUAUUUCGUCAGUAGAAAAUAAUAUUAGCUACACGUUAAGAAUAGUUUAGAAUGAUUUUUGGGGUAUACCAAAACUUAAGAUAUUAAUAAUAUUCUUGCUUUUGUAUAUUUUUAGUAAAGUAUAACGGCAGUAGUAAUUGUUAUUUAAACACCGAUGUUUGUCAAACUGAUUUACAGUUUUAUAAAAUGCAUAGUUUAUAAGAAGAUAAUAGUAGUUAUACAAUAGAUGAAUAAUGUUAUUACUAUAGAGCUUUUAGAAAUAAUCGAUUAGCUAUUAUAUUGUCCAUUUAUUAUUAUUAUUAUUGUUGUUGUUGUUGUUUUUUUUAAUUUACCAGUGUAUUAAUGUUUUCAGUUACGUUCAAAUUAAUUUAUACUUAUUAUUCGAACAUUUGUAUUAUAUAAUAUGUGCGUGGAAAAGUAGUUACUUAUUCCUUUUUAAUGUAAAAUAUAUUGUAGUUAAAUAGUAUUCAUAUUAAUGUUAUUAUAAAAACAAAAAUAUAUUAUUGGUAUUCUUGACGGUAAUGUAAUUUAAAAAUCAUACUGUUUCAAAUUUUAAAAAUAAUAAUUCAUAAAUUAUAUAACUAUAACAGGUGUAAAAGUGUUCAUUGGUAU